GUUAGCUUGAAGUAAUUAGUAACCAACAGAAAGGCAAGAUGAAGACAUCAGCCGGAUUUGAUCUCCUUGCAGCCCUUGCUGUGCUAAGUCUCAAUGGAGCUGCGGGUGAGAAGAAAAACUUGCAUCCUGUUGUUAAAAUUGGCGAAAUGGGAACAGCUGAAGGAACUUACGGACACACAGCGUGGACCAACCGAAAAUAUCAGAAAUUCAUAGAUAUUCCAUACGGAUCCACAUCGUAUGAAGGACGAUUUCUGCCUCCAAAACCACCAGAGCCAUUCGACGAAACCUACAAUGCGUACACAAGCGAUGUGCCUUGCCCCUCAUUGAAGAACCUGGACGACAUCCUAUCUUAUGGAGACCUAGUUGACUACGAAGAUUGUCUUCAUUUAACCAUUUCAACCCCAAAUCGCUCAGCUUCGCUUCCCGUUAUGGUCUAUUUAGCUGGGUAUGAUCUUGACGAUACCGAAAAUGAAGACGCUGAACCAGAUUAUUUACUUGAAAAAGACAUCGUCUUAGUCAGUGUUCAGUACCGAGGAGGUCCGUUUGGUUUCUUAUCGACGUUAGGCGAUGAGAUGCCUGGGAAUGUUGGUGUCAUGGAUGUUAUCCUAGCUCUACAAUUUAUAAAUAAAAUGAUCAAAUAUUUUGGUGGAGACGAGAAGAGAGUCACUUUGUUUGGACAAUAUAAAAAUGCAGCUUUGGUCCAUAUACUUACUAUGACUCCGUUCGUAGAAAAGGAUGCUCUAUUUCAGCGAGUCAUCUACCAAUCAGGCUCAGCCCUUAUGUCUGGUUUGACUACACGAGACCCAGCUAAGUAUGUCAAAGAAAUGGGGAAACACAUAGGCUGUAAAGAUUACGAGGAUAUAGCUGCGGUAACUAAAUGUCUGAAAACAUGUGAAGUAGCAUCUAUAUUGUACGCCUAUCGAGAUAUGAAGCGAGAACAUGGCAACAUACCUUGGUUCAGUAUUGGUGGGCCAGUUAAAGUUUUACCUGACGAACCUAGAGUACUCUUGGAAAAAGGAACCUUUUAUCCAUAUCCAGCAAUGGGCGGAGUAGUGAAACACGCAGCUAUGGGAACAGGACAACUUGACAACACGGAAAAAAUCUACCACAACUUCAUUGAAGAAUUCGAGAAAUCGCUUCAAAAGUGCGCCAAGAAUGACCAACAGCGUGCCAUAAUGUCAAAGGAAUUCCCCAGUAAAGUCUUCUCAAGAACAAUGUUGACUGCAAUUUGGCCGGGAGUGGUCGAUUUGCACAGCCUCGACGUAAAAGAGUCAACGAGCACGGCACUAGUCUACAACUCUAACAAGGAGAAUUCGUACUUGUACGCCUUUAACUAUCUCGGCCAAUUCAACCGUUUACAAAAGAGCAUAGAUGAAGACGUAGCUGAUGUCUCCCUAACCGAUGAUAAUCUUUACUUGUUCCCAUUCCGUCCGGGAGCUGGUUCAUUGAGUAAAGACGACAGUCAUAUGGCGAAGAUAAUGGUUGACUUGUGGACAUCAUUCGCUUGCGACGGCGUUCCUGAUUCACCUCUGAUAAUUGGAAAGUGGAGUCCAAUGAUUAAGGGAAAAGUUGGACCUUAUAUGAAAUUGGAUACCGUGCCUGAAGUUGGUUUUUACUACCCUGACGAAUUCUUUACAUCUGUUUUAGAUACACGGCAAGGAUUUACUUUGGAUUAAUAAAGAUUGACUGAUUGUUUAAAAUCGUUUAUAAAA